CGUGGGGGCGGUGCUUGUUUGUUGUUUUGCUGAAGUGUUGGCUUAAAACAGACAACCGAGGACCUGCUUUACGUCUAUUUCGAAUCGCAAUUUAAACAAUACUGAACGAUAGCUUACUCUUAGACCUAACCUCGAGUGACUCUUGUAAUCAUCUGUACCGACCCGAGAGAGCCCGAAAACGGCAACCAUGAAAUGGAUGUUCAAAGAGGAUCAUUCUCUGGAACAUCGAUGCAUAGAAUCUGCCAAAAUCCGCAACAAGUACCCUGACAGGGUCCCGGUGAUUGUGGAAAAAGUGUCUGGGUCCCAGAUAGUGGACAUUGACAAGAGGAAGUACCUGGUCCCUUCUGACAUCACAGUGGCUCAGUUCAUGUGGAUCAUCAGGAAACGCAUCCAGCUGCCUUCGGAGAAGGCCAUCUUCCUGUUUGUGGACAAGACAGUCCCCCAGUCCAGCAUCACAAUGGGACAACUGUAUGAAAAGGAGAAAGACGAAGAUGGCUUUUUAUAUGUGGCUUACAGUGGCGAAAACACCUUCGGCUUGUAAAAGAAGCAGCCAUGAUCAUGAGCCGACCUUACCUGCUGACAUCUAAUCAUAGCCCCCACUUGGCCUCUGGAGAAAGGCUUGGGAACCCCAUUGAAAACACCACAGAAGGAUGGACUACCUGCUCACCAGGAUAAAUCAAAAAAGUGUGCCAGUGUCUUUUGUUUUUUUGUGACCCACGUUGCACCUGUCCAUCAAAGAUACAUAUACUUAGUUGCUUACAGUGCGGUAACUUUACUUUUCUUUUCUUCCCAACUCCUUUUGUGUGAAUGGCUUGCAUUUAGUUUUACUUUUGUCUUUGAAAACAAUAUUUAUGAAAUUGGAAUAUUUUAAUUUAAAUAUUUGGAGGUAAGGUAGCUGGAUGACCUAACCAAUAAAAAGAGGUAAAUAAA